AUGCUGUUAUCCCCUCUUCCCUCUACUGCGGAAAAUUUUACGUCGCACCAUCACGGUCGCACAUUGCCUCAUCCUUCCCAGCGGCUAUAUCCUGAACAUCUCCGUGCGAUCCCUUUGCCAAUCAUGACUCGCAGUACAUCACAGCUAUCCGCAACAUCAGUCGGGUCAUAUUCGUCAACGACGGAGCUUGUGCCUCGCAACGAGCCUAAUGAGCAAAAGCGAGUUAGCCUGAGUGAGAAACUGAUGUCUUGGGGCUGGCGAUCAAGCGAGAAGGCGCCUGAUUCCGAGAUGAAUGAGCUUGGCGUUCCAGGUAACGACGGCGGUGGCCAAGUCAAGAAGAAGCACAUGAAGCUUUGGCAAGGCUGGCAGUACAUAUUUUUCGGUUCAUGGCUGAACUGGAUUCUAAAACUAGCAACUACAAACUCCGAUACGUUGAUAUUUACAUCUUGUAUGCUAGCUAUGAUACCGCUAGUGAAGUUACAUGACCUCGCCAUAAGUGUACUUUCACAUCGUAUCGGCGGCUCGAAGACAGGUCUACUAAACGCUAGCUUUAGCAACAUAGUGGAGCUGGUUGUCGCGGUCAGUGUCUUCCCCAUCUGCUCUGUCAAUAUAAACUCCUCUUUGAUCGGCUCAAUUCUAAGCAAAAUGUUGCUCAUUCUCGGCAUGUGCUUUUUUGCGGGCGGGCUCAAAUUCUCUCAGCAGGAUUUUGAUUCGAGUGGGUCUGUCGCGCCUGCAACGCAGAUUCAUUCUUCAUUGCUGAGUAUCAGUGUCGGCGCCGUCUGUCUUCCAGCUGCGUAUCACUUUGCGUUGUCGUACAAUUCUGAGGAUGCGAUGGAGGCAGGGACGACUCUCGACCAGCAGAAACGAGAUCUGUUGAAGAUGAGCCACAGCGUGUCGUUUCUUCUUAUAUUCAUUUACGUCUCGUACCUGCUGUUUCAACUCUGGUCCCAUACACAUCUUUACAAGGACAAUUCGAAGCCCAGCGACAAGCUUCCUGUAACAGCCUCCAUGCGCUCUGUCACUGGACGUGUACGGCGGAAGAGUAACACGGGGCGCUCACAUUCCCAGCCUACCUCUUUCCGGUCCGUACAGUCAAAGCAAUCGUUCGCUGGAGCGGCCCGGCAUGGAAUGGACAAAGCUAGCCCUGUGGAGGAAGCGCCAGAGACAACUCUGGAUUCACCAAUUGACAAUAUGGGCGUCUCUGCAGCCCAGGCUGAGAGGAAGGCCUAUCUAUUGUCGCCAUUUGGUACUACAUCUCAGGUGACCCUCAAUAUGAGCGAAUUUGGGAUGCCCGCACGUUGUGAUCCAACCGUGCGACUGGUGCGUGAGAAGGAACGAGAGCGCGGUCGUAGUGGCAGAGGUUCCUUCAGUGAUGGAUCGACUUCUUCGGAGGAUUUGGAAGAUAGAAGAACUUUAGCAGAAAGUGGCCGGGCGUCACCUGUCAGCGAUGUGGUUUCUGCCUACUUUACGGAGCGCGGGGACUACGUACACCGGUCCAAAGCCAAGGAUAGGAAACUCAAGGGAAAUGGGGGGAUCCAAGUAGAUGUCAUGGAAGUUUGCAGAGGAGGAGCACACAACGCGAAUGGGGCAGACGAGUCAGAUACUCCGACAGGGAAGCACGGAGAAGAGGUGCCUGAGAUGAGUUGGACCAUGAUCCUCAUCCUGCUCACUGUUGUCACGGUGCUUGUGACCGUUGAUGCGGAAUGGCUCGUAGACUCAAUGGACAGCCUCUCUCCGACGCUCAGCAAAGAAUGGAUCGGACUCAUUUUAUUGCCUAUUGUCAGCUCUAUCGCCGAAUGUGUCACUGCUGUGAACGUUUCAGUAAAGGACCAGCUGACGUUGAGUAUCAGCGUCGCAGUGGGCUCUACCAUCCAAACCGCGCUUUUUGUCAUCCCAUUUAUGGUGAUAUUGGGUUGGAUACUCAAUAAGCCCCUCGCCUUGCUGUUCGACCCUUUUGAGACUGUGGUGCUCUACGUUUCUGUGCACAUAAUGGGCUACGUUGUUGCCGACGGCAAAUCAAACUGGCUUGAGGGUGUCAUCCUCAUGUGUCUUUAUCUCGUCAUUGCUGUUACCUUCUGGUAUUACCCAGGCGAUGACUAUGUGAAAGCAGGUUCGGACGCAUUUCAUUCUGUACAUCGCUUGCCUUACCACACUUGGGCUUCUGUGAAUUGUGUCUUAGAGUUUCGCCGUCACAAGGAUGUCACCAACAAGGUGCAUGUAAUUGGAUUCCUCUCCCAAUGGAAGGUGUACCUCGACGAGUUGCCAUCCGGCGCGGACACCGAGCACUUCAGCGGCAAGAAGCUGGAUCCUACAGUGUUAGAGAAGGUCUGUCAUACUGGGGAUCGUCGCAGAAGACCGCUUUCUCAGCCUUACUCCUCCCCCAUAGAUGUCAACAGAGCAACUCGGUCAGCUGUACGAAUUGAUGAAUGCGACAAAGGAAGUUUGGAGAACGCCCGGAGACCGUACGAGAUCUUAGAGGCGCCCAGUUCUCAAAUUAUAGUUAUGUCCAAGCAUGACACGUAG